AUGCUCCAUGAGUUGGUCGGUCCUUAUUGCGUAUCUUCCCAACUUCCACAUAGUUGGUCAAACACAAUCUUGCACCAUUACUUGGCCACCCUGGUCAUACAUUACUUCUUCUUUAUUUUUAUUGGUUCUCCAACACCUCUUCUUGCUACCUACACUUAG